AUGGGAAAGGUAUCAUUUGUAAAUCCUUUAGCUUUGUACAACUUAUUCUCAGCUGGCCUAUGGGGCUAUCUUCUUUACAAUGCCAUUGUUGUUUAUCCUAAAAUCGGCCAACCGGAAUUCUUUUACGAGAUCAAGAGUACCUUGAACGCUAUUCAGUGUGGCGCUCUCAUUGAGGUUUUCAACUCACUCUUUGGUAUUGUGCGUGCUCCUCUUUUGACUACCUUUGCUCAGGUAGCUUCCAGGCUCUUGUUGACAAUCGGAGUUUUUCAAUAUUUGCCUGAGGCGGAGAACGCGCACAACAAGACAUUUGUUUCACUCGUUAUCGCCUGGUCAAUUACUGAGGUAGUCAGAUACUCGUUUUACUACUUCAAUUUGACCCUGACUUGUGGUGCCCCCAAGCUGUUAGUUUUGUUGCGUUACAACCUCUUCUGGGUGCUUUAUCCGCUUGGUGUGGCUAGCGAGCUGUUGAUAAUUUACUCUGCCCUUCCCGUUGGCGAAUCUAAAUACUCGGCGAAUGUCAGAUGGGCAUUGAUAGCGGCCAUGCUUACCUACAUUCCAGGUUUCCCAAUGCUCUUCUCGCAUAUGGUGGUUCAAAGAAAGAAAAUUAUGAGAUCAAUCCGCUCAACUACCAAGAAGGAAAACUGA